AUGUGGGACACUGGCAUUCUCGUGAGCAUCGCGGCCUUGCUGGCUGCCGCCGAGGGGCAGGAGGUCUUCAUCACGACGAAGGGUCCUGCUGCGAGGCCGCAGUGUACGCAUGCUGCUACUUCGCCGAGUUAUUAUUUUCAGCCUUUUUCGUACACGCUCAAUGAGACGGUUCGAUAUGCGACCUCGAUGCCCUCGCCUACAACUACGAAGAAAUAUGCGCCCGCUUAUACAGAUGCUUUGAAGCACUUUACCUCCCUGUCCACGACGACUUGGGGGAAUUGGCUCCCCGGGGAGACAGUUAUCAGCGCGACGGAUUCCUCGGAUCCAUAUGGACAAGCUGCGUGGUCUUCUAUGUGGCUGGAGGCGGAUCUUCAGAAUUAUACGGCAACUGGGAUCUACUCAACGACAGUCAGCCCUACCCCAGUUCCAACCAGCGAACUCGUCCUCCCACCGAGCGACUACUUCGGUCCGACAGAUUGCUACAGUUUCCCCGAUGGCUUCGUCUUCGGCGUCGCGGGCAGCGCAGCCCAGAUUGAAGGCGCCGUUGCGCUCGAAGGCCGCUCCCCUUCAUUGCUAGAGAAGCUCAUUGCCGACGACAGACCGAAGGAUUACGUCACGAACGAGAACUAUUACUUCUACAAACAGGAUAUCCAGCGCCUUGCCGCUAUGGGAGUGGAAUACUACAGUUUCACGAUUCCCUGGACUCGAAUUCUACCGUUCGUUUUGCCCGGCACACCGGUUAACCAGCAAGCUAUCGAUCAUUACGAUGACUUGAUCAACACCGUCCUUGACGCGGGCAUGCAGCCUAUCGUCACGAUGCUGCAUUUUGACAGCCCUCUCAUGUUCGUUGCGAGCGAUAAUAUCACCCGCCAUCCAGACAUCGGCUACAACAAUGCGGGUUACCAAAACGAAACCUUUACCGACGCCUUCGUAAACUACGGCAAAGUCCUCCUAACCCACUUUGCAGACCGCGUGCCAAUCUGGGUAACAUUCAACGAACCCCUGCUCUACGCCUUCAACUUCCAAGGCGUCGACAAUGUAGUCCACGCCCACGCACAGGUCUACAAAUUCUACCGCGAUGAGCUAAACGGUAAAGGACGACUGGGCAUCAAGUUCAACGACAAUUUCGGCGUGCCGAAGGAUCCGCACAACGACAGCCAUGUGCACGCAGCGAACCGCUUCAAUGAGAUGCAGCUGGGUUUCUUUGGGAAUCCUAUUUUCCUCGGGAAGCAGUACCCCCAGUCGAUCCUUGAUACCCUGCCUGGUGCCCGGCCUCUGAAUCACUCCGAGCUGGAGGAUAUUAAGGGGACGUCCGACUUUUUUGGGAUUGAUCCGUAUACGGCUACGGUUGUUUCUCCUGCAGAUGAAGGGAUUGAUGCUUGUGUGGCGAAUUGGUCUGCUUCGAAUAUACUUCUGCCGUACUGUGUUAAGCAGGAGACGGCAAAUGGGUAUGGAUGGAACAUUGGGUAUCGCUCUGAAUCCUAUGUCUAUAUCACGCCGACGUAUUUUCGCGAGUAUCUCUCCUACCUGUGGAAUACGUUCCGACACCCGGUGUUCGUGUCGGAGUUUGGAUUCCCUGUCUAUGGCGAGGCCGAUAAGGAUCUACCUGAUCAGCUAUUCGACUCCCCACGCAGCGUGUACUACCUCUCCUUCAUGUCGGAGAUCCUCAAGUCGAUCUACGAAGAUGGCGUCCAUGUUAUGGGCGCGUUGGCGUGGAGCUUUGUCGAUAAUUGGGAGUUUGGGGAUUAUUCGGCUCAGUUUGGGAUCCAGGUUGUUAAUCGCACCACCCAGGAAAGGUUUUAUAAGAAGAGCUUUUUUGAUGUGGUGGAUUAUGUCAAGUCGAGACAGGGAAAGAAGGUCUGA